CAGAAGCGCAUGGGCUCGCGUCACGACGACCUUGUUUCGUCAUUGGCUUUCCUGAACUCGCACAGGAUUCUGGGUCACUGCGAAUGUAAUGGCGGCGGUAGCCGAGACCUCGGGGCUCAAGUCAUUAGAGUCUGACAGUUCUGUGCCGAAGUCGACAGUGGAUGAUGACGACGACGAAUUGGAGGCGCUGCGCACUGCGGCGUUGUUGUCUAUGAAAGUCAGAGAAAAGUGCAAAUCGAGCGCCUUGAAUUCUGAAGCGCGCGAGCGAUCUGGUUCGUAUUCCAACUACAGCCGCUUUCACCAUUCCAACCAGAGAGCCACCACCCCUGGAAAGCCACUUUUCAGCUGGAACCAGCACACACGACCCAACCUUAUCGUAAUACAGCCUGUGCCACUGGAAGGAAGCGAAGCGGCAUCCCCGUGUAGUGCGACUUCCAUCCAGACUGUACAGCCCUCGACAAAGUUGGUGUUGCCCCAGGAUCGGUGGUGCCCAAAGCAGGGCCAAGAAAGUCCAGCCUCAAGUGGCACUGGCCAAUCCAAGCGCAGGGCAUCAGGCAAGUUCAGUCACUUCGAGUCCAGCUCUGAAAGUGAGGAAAGUGAUGAUGACGACCUGCUGCGCUCUGGUUCUGCAUCAUCCCACAGUGAUGCUAGUGUUGAUGGGCGCAGCUCAGAUGAUGAGCAAAACUCUACUCCGGCAUCGCCAUCAUGUAGAUUUACGCAAGAUUGCCUAGACAGCUGUCUAAGUGAGUCCACGUCUGACUUGCCAGCUUUCUCGUCCCUCCAGCCUGAAGUGACUUCGGAAGCUGGCGCUACCAACUCUGUGAGCUCUGUGCAUAAAUCCAGUGAUGAAUGCAGCCCUGCGCAUACUGUAGAGCAUGGUUGCAAUGUUGUCACUGUUAAUGCCAUGGCCAGUGCUCGGUUACGGGCAGGUGGCAACAGUUCGGAUAAAUGUGCCACAGAGGAUAAUUCGGGGUUGAUAAACAGAGUGGAAGCAAGUGUUUCUGCUGGACACGAAAAGAUUACUGUAGUGCCAAAUGAAAAUGCUCCAGAGGUGCUCUUUGACUAUUCAGGCUUGCGCCAACAAAACAGUGGCAAUGCCAGUCCUGUGAGGCACGCAACAAGGAAAAGCCCAGCUAUAGAAGAGCACCAGCAGAAAUAUGAUGAGGGGAGACUAAUAAAUGGUCUCUGCACUGAUGGUCGAAGACCUCUCCACCUUUCGCCGGACAGCACAAGGGAAGAUAGACUAGUGCCACCUCCACGAGAAAGGCACAGCUCCCGGGAGGGCACACCAGGGAGCACGAGAAGUGUGGACAGCCAAGAUCGUUCUGCAAGCAGCGUUUUUGAAGCUCGGCGGCGAAAGUUUGAGUGCACUGUGCCAGUGAACCCUGUGGGAGGCAAGAUACUGUUGCUCAGACAGGGCAGGACUGAGGACCAAAGCCCACACCGUGAAGGCUCUUCCCCCCUCUCAUCCCCGUGUGCUCGGACGAGAUCACGCAGCAGGAGUGCAAGUCCACCCCUCUUGCGUUCUGUGCUCAGUGUUGUAAAGCGUGGCCCAUCCGAAGUUUCGCCAGCAUGUGUCGAAUCUAAGAAGCACAGAUCUGGAAGGACGGUGGAGGUCAUAGUACACAGUGUCGGUGAAGAGUCCACUGAUGCAACUGAGCGCGUUGGCAAUAGCAGUGGCAGCAAACUGCCUGUCCACCUAAGGCUUGGCGAUGCCAGCACAGCUUCCUCAACAAGAAGGAAAAAGAGCAAACGGAAACGAUCUUCGCAUGACUCAGCAGCAUACAGUGUCAAGCGGAAACAUGCCAGGGCAAGGGGCCUCGACUCAGAGGUGCGACGUGCCUGGCUGGGCCGUGACCAGCGCUGCAACCGUCGCAAGCGCAUGCCAUCUGGCCUCAGUGAUGGUGCUCCCUGACACCCAUAGGAGAAGAGGGAGUUGUCCAUGCAGGUAAAGUGCCCUCUCCGUGCAUUGCUUGCUUUCUGCACGAGUUGUUUUUAGUGUACUGCACGUGCGGCGUAGUGUUAAGGGGAACACUCGACAUAUUGUACGUUUUCACCUUUCCAUGGCAAUCCUAUCCUUCCCACUCCACCUCAUCCCACCUUAUUUUUUGUCUUAAAGACACCGUUACAUUAUUGUCCAACUAUUCUCAGUUUACCAUUGUAACAGAGAAUAAAGGGACUAGUAAAGACACGCUCCUUUUUAACCCAAAAUUUCAACUUGAAAUCGCUGCUUCUAAAGCCUCUGUCACCAACAGCGAUGGCCAUUUUGGAGUGGACUGUUUGUUGUUGAGAGGUGUGGGGCUCCGUUGACUGCUUAAAAGCAGUCCAAAAUCGAGUCUAUCUUGCACACGCUGGCACCCACCAGCACAGCAAGGGUGUAGCCAUUGAUUUGUGCCCACUUAUAUGAGUAAUAAAAGCAGCACCAACCAAAGGAUGCCAGUGAAAACAAAAUGCACCACGAUCAUGACAUAUACAUAUUUCUGGCUCCUUUUGGUGCUUGCAGUACUCAAUUGGCAUUAAUUACUCCAAGGAAGCUUCUGUUGCUGGGGUUGUUAUUCAUUUCAACAGUUAGGGUUGUAGUUGAGUGCGUUCAAAUUUUGCCAGCUUGCUUGGGGGGCCCGUAUGGUUUAACAUGCGAUGUAUAAUUAAAGCUUGAAAAUUUUGGUGCAUGACUCCUUUAAUGUCACUGUUAUGUACUGAAAUUUUGGUGCCAAUAAAGUGUGUUGAUAUUAGCAGGUUUGGUGCCCCUAUACAGCACCAAGUGUUUCAUGGUAUUAUAAGACACCAAAUUGGCCAUAGUUGAGUUGUUAAAAAACAGGCCAUAGUGAAAAUCACGUGCCUAGGCAGUUGAUUGAAUUGACCCAUGUGCACAGUGUAGACUUCAGAAUUUAUGUGAUCUAUGUACGGGUUGUGUGGGGCAGCCAAGCUGCCCUUUUAGUGCUGAAGACCCUAGAUUGUUGCUCUGUGUUUUGCAGUGGAGAUUAAUGCCCGAGUGUUGUCUCAUAGAAGGGGCAAAAUACUGUGUAGUUACGUCGCCCAUAUGUGCACUUGUGCUGUCUACUGUUGUCAUUAUAAGCCAUCAAAUACCCAUAUUAAAAAAAAAAGUUGCAGUCGUUUGGGACAACAUAUUUUUAUUCUUUGAAGAGUAGAGCAUGAAAGUUAUUUACCAUGUGGGCCACUUCUUUACAAAGUGCACUGUUUUUACUUUUGUGAUUUUUACAAAAAUUUGGCAUGCCGUUUUACAGUAUGCCUUAUGUGAGCAUGUGUUCACUUUUUUGUUUCGUGCUUCAAAAGGGAAAGGGACAGUGUAUAUUGGAGAGUAGCACCCUUGAUGACAUCUUUUUCUCACAGCAGGUUGUGUGUCGCCGAUUAAAGUACUUAAGAGGUCUGGCUCACCCCCCCCAAUGACUCGUCUUGCACUGUUGUGUGAUGAAAAAAAACUAUUCCUGAGCUGAAACUGACUCUGACGAACACACUGUGGCUGCCUGCUUGGACUCUUGUUUUUGAUCUUGUUACGCUGUACAAAGCUGUUAGUGUUUGAUGUGAAAUGGCAGUGUAAUUUCAUCUUGUGUAAUGUAUUGAAAGCGUUGAUUCACUGUGUGAUCAGUAUGAAAGAGAUAUCCAGCAAAGAGCAUUUUAAAGCUUUUUUUGUUUCUUUCUUGCAAAAGUCUUUUUUGUAGUGCACAAUGUGCAAAGUGUGUUUUUGCUAAUUUUUUCUAUUUGAAAACUUACCUAGCUGGCUUAUUUUAAUACCAGGCAAACUGCUUCAUGCCACUAUUUCUUACUAAACUAAUUUUUUCACAUUUCUUGUGACAACCAUCUGGUGUCAGAUGGCAGUGCUACUUAACCAUAUCAAGUUAUAUCAUGGUGAAAUUUCUUGUGACAGAUGUAUGUUGGGCCAUUUUGUUUAUUGGUGCCUAACCAAUUCCGCCCUAUGUUCUUCCAUGUUCAGGAAAAAUUGUGUACAUUGUAGUAUGCAGACAUACAUACCUAAAAAGUUCUGAUUGUGUACUGUCACAAAGUAACUUGGUUUUAGAAAGUGCUUGCAAUGUAGUUUACUUUUGCUUCUGUGUAUAAUUUUAAGUAACUUGUUUCUUACACGCAAGAAAGGAUUCCUGAUCUUGUACGAAUGUGCUACCAAGGGUAGAGCUCUGGCUUUGUUCGUGUGGCAUAUUGUAACAGUGUUUAGCGCAGAAACUUAAAACAUGGACUAGAAAAGACAUACACAAGCACUAUGACGAAUGUACUAGUUUCAAUUUUUUUUAUGCUGUUAGAUAUUUGUAUAAUGCAUGCAUCUGAUGGGUUGCACUGUGUUUUUACAUGUUGUGUCAGUUGCCAAGCCUUCAGUUUUUUUUUAAAUAUUAUCUUGCCCUAGUGCCCUAUCUUUCUUUUUUUUUUCUUUAUGUUAUGAGCCCCUUUACAAGCUGCUGUUUUAGUUUUUUUUUUACAUUUAUUAUUUCGCUUAUACACAAUAAUGCAUUCUUCAGCCAUGUCUUGAGGACUUGUGCUGUGAUUAACUUUAGAAUAGUUGCUUUUGUUAUCCAGGCAGUCAGUUGUUUCUCAGGCUACGGUCUCUGUAAACUGUUUCAAACUGCACUGUGAAGCCGCUGUUUUUGUUGCUUUUGCACCAACUUUGCUUUUUGUUUUAGGUUAGAUUUUUUAUAACUCAUGUUAAUAGUAUUGAUGGGUGCGUGCUUUUCUUUUAGGUAAAUAUGCCAGCAAUGUUUCCCUUGCAAGUAGUAUAUGUACUGUGCAGGUGCCGCUGUCCUUGGAAGCCAUCUAUGGUGGUGGUGUUUUUUUUUUUGCUCUCUCUUGUCUCUUUUUGCUCCUAAAGCCGUUGUGUUGUCUCUUGCUGCCUUUGUAUUUUAUUGCAGGUAUAGAGAACUCAGCACUAAAAGGCGAGAGGCUUUUUUAACAUAGCAUUUUUCUUUUUCAAAAUGGAGGUCACUAUAUUUCAUUGCAUGCAGAAGACUAGCAUUUUUGUAUUAUCUCAUUUAUUCUGGAUAUGUGCUGUUUUAUUAUUGCUUUGUUUCAUAUCUGUGAGAAUUGAAAAAGUAGUAAAGCAAAUGUAAAGCAGGGCUAUUAAAAUCAAUUACUUGAUAAAUCUGCCAAAAUUCAAAACUUUGUAAACAUAUGCAGUUCGUUGAUAGCAUGCUUAGCACCCUGAUUGGCAAUAACCUAAUACAUUCAUCCUUAAAGACAACCAGCAGCCUUCUUUAAAGGUAUGCUUCACAAUUCUUGAACAAUGUUGCUUCCACAUUACCUUGGUGAACUUAGUAUACAUAUGCGGUGUCCUUAGAAAAAGAAAAGAAAAAGCAUGGUGUUUGUGGUGGAAUGCAUGCUUUUGCAUGUAUUAUGUGUAAUAUAUUUGGCUAUGUAUUAUAACUUUUUUUCCGAGGUGUUACUGCUUAAAAUAUAAUUAGGCAGUAUACUUUUAUCUUGUACAUCUCCUUUUCUUGCAUCUAUUUCUGCUAUUGUGCUGCUGCUGAAAGGGUGUGACAGUUCUCUAGUCAGCAAGUUCCGAGCUCACCUUUUCCAUGUUGUUUUCCAGUGUCUCCAGUGUAUGCAUCUUAUGCCUGUGUGUGUGCAUGUGUAUGUGUGUAAAACACACCCAUGGCUAAUUCAGCUGGUGCUGAACUCUUGUGCUGCGAACUGUUUUUCCCUUCAAGUGAAAAUGAGCACUUUUGGACAGUUCAUGUUUAUGUUUCAGUUUGCUAGCAGUGUUUAUUGCUACCAUUUUGGCGAUGCUCGUAUACAUCUUUGGACUAUUCCACAUUUUCCUUUGUGUUGCAGCUGGCUGCGAUGGUGUUUAUUGCCAUCUUUAUUUGGUCAUGCUUAUGUUUGUAUAUUGUCAGCGUUCUCACUAGGCCCGGUACACAUUGCCACGAAACUUGGGAACAGCGCAAGGUGGCCAUUGUUACCUGGCAACAGAAAGCCAUCAAGAGGCUGGAGCCGCAUGUCUGCCACAGUGUUCUCACUAAGAGAAACCACAUGUGCUUCAUAUUCAGCGACCUUCAACUGAAAGCCCCAGUGUAAAGGCCAAAAAAAAAAAAAGAAAGAAUAAAAGCCUUUCCCACAAGACUACCUCCUCCAAUCCCACUUCCCAUACCCCCUUUCACUUUCCUCAAAAGGAUCAUCAUGGAGAAUAUCAUAAAUUCACACAAAAUAACUUGUGUUGAAAAAGAGCUUUCAGAUCAUCCUCUGUAAUUAUUUCUUGUAUAUAGCCAUGUACAGAACGUGGGGAGAAAAAAAAAAGUGAAUAAAAACUAUUUUUUAUUGCUUUGACAA